AUGUUAAAAAGUUAAUCAACAGAACUAUUUGUCAGUCCUGAAGAAUUGUAAAGAAUCACUUUCUUCGCUACUCAAAAUUAGAGAAACAGUCAUAAACCAAACAUCUCCAGUGCAAAAUAAGAAGAGUAUAGCUUUAAGCCUUUGGUAAGAAUAACAAGUAAUAAAUUUUAGAUAAAUAAGAAAUCUGCCAACAUCUAAAGAACAGUUGAUGAUCUUUUAAGAUGGAAUGAAAGAAAAUCAUAAAGAUUGUAACAGUGCUAUGAUGAUGCUGUAAAUAUGUAUUUCUAAAUAAAUAGACAUAAGAAUUAUAGUAAAAUGCCAAUCGAUUAACACAUGAAGUUGAUACUAAUCAACCAAGUGUUUUUGAGAGAUUAUAUAUAGUAAGAAAGAGCAAUGAGACAAUUUAAUGUAAAUGUUAUAUUGCAUUUAAUUUAUUAAUUAGAGACCACUAAGCGUAACACCUCAGAUUCUCAUCCUUACUUUACUAAAAACAUGUCAAACACACUAUAUUCAGAAUAUAAAAAAUAAAUGAGUGGAACUCCUGAAUAAUAAGAAAGCGAACAACAACAAGUUUAAGAAUAAGAAGAGUAAACUUAAAAAGUUUGUUUACCAAAUAGAUUCUAUUUUGAUUAAUCAGAAUAAUAGUAAAACACUGAACCUGAAGUAUGAAACAUAAUAUUUUGAAUAGCCUAAAGUUACUAUACCAUAACAUAUGUUUGUAGAUUUUAGAUAACAAAUCAAAUAAAUUAACGAAGAACCUGAACCAAUCCCCUCUAAGAAACCUAUGAAUAAAAAAGAAAUUGAUUUGAUGGUAGAGAGGUAAAGUACUCAACCCUCAUCAUUAGAAUGAACAAUUGGCUUCAAAAGAGAAAUUUUAAGAUCUAAGAAUAAUUAGAUAGACAGAUGCAAAAUGAAUCUAACGAAUGUACUUUCUAUCCAAAACUUAGCUGCACCAAAUAAACUAAGGUAUAACAAUCUAUUUAAAAUUCAUAACGAGUUUCAUAACAAUCUUCAUAUUCCAAUUUAUUUAGAAGUAAGAAUAAUUGA